AUGACCAAUUACUUGGAAAAGUUUUUAAUGCGAGAUAUAUCAAAAUUAUAUCAAAAUGCUGAUGAUUAUAAUGUAUUAAUUUACGUUGGAGAAGAACAUAAUGUUUCAAUCUUUAAAGCUCAUUCAGUGAUUUUAAGAGCUAGAUCAAGCUAUUUUCAUGCCGCCUUGUCAUCAAAAUGGGCUAAAAAGGAUGAUCGCGGUGAAUGCUAUAUUUUGAAAAAACCGAAUAUUUCUCCAGAUGUGUUUCAAAUUCUUCUGAGGUUGGUUUCGAGUUAUAUAUAUACUGGAAGUAUUCUAUUGGAAGAUGACACUAUUAAAUCCAAUUAUCUAAACCUAAUGAUAGCGGCUGAUGAAUUGGCCCUCAGUGAACUUAUUGAUCACAUUCAAGACUAUAUUGUACUUCAUGAAGUUAAUUGGAUACGGGAUAAUCUUGUUCAAAUAAUCCAAAUUUCUUCAAAGCAUGAAGCAUGUCAUAAACUUCAAUUAAUUUGUCAAGAAAUUCUUGACAGUGAUCCUUCUGCAAUUUUUCAAGCUCGAGAUUUUGUAAUGUUGGAGGAACAAGCUUUGAUAGAUUUAUUAAAAAGAGAUGACUUGGAAGUAAAAGAAAUUACGAUUUGGGAACAUGUAGUUCGAUGGGGAUUAGCUCAAAAGCCUUUAGGAAGUGAAGAAUUAUCCGAAUGGACGGAAGAAGACUUUACGGUUUUACAACAUACAUUGAAAAAUUGUAUCCCACAUAUUAGGUUUUUUCAUAUUUCUGGUUCUGAUUACUGGGAUAAAAUUACUCCUUAUAAAAAGCUUCUUUCAAAACAAUUGAAACAUGAACUUAAAACCUAUUACAUAACUGGACGUCCUCCAACGAAAUCCUUGAAUCUACCGCAAAGGAUGGGUGCUAUAACGAAUAAUAAAUCUGUCUUAAUUGGUUGGAAACAUUUUUGUCAGAUAGCAUCCUGGAUUGACGAAAAGACCACAAAAUAUAAACCACAUGAAAUCCCUUACACAUUUGAUCUUUUGUUACGUGGUAGCCGAGAUGGAUUAAAUGAUUUAACGGUAUUUCAUCAAAAGUGUGAUAAUGUUGGAUCAACCAUAGUUGUAAUUCAAGUAGAUGAUUCAAGUGGAAAGAUAAUCGGUGGUUAUAACCCAAUUAAUUGGAAAUCGGAAAGUGGAUGGGGUGAAACUAAUUCAAGUUUCAUAUUUUCAAUGGAAAAUGGUAAAACUUUGGAAAAUUGUAUGAUUAGUAAAGUUACCAGUCCUGAAAGAGCGAUUUGGAAUGCACCAAGGAAUCCUUGCUUUAGCCAUGAUUUACAAUGGUUUAAAGGAAAACUUAAGCAAAGUAGUUAUGAAAAAAAGAUUUACGAUAGUGAAGAAUUUGUUAUG